AUGAGUGAGAUCACAAUCGCGGCCGAGCCUUUUUUCGAUCGCCUGAACAGCUUCUACACAGCUUGGAAGGCGGACAAGCGAUCGAACGAGGUUUUCAACGGCGCCGACUCAAUCAUCGUCAUCACUGGAAAGGCCGAACAGGAUGCCAGCGUUUACCAGAAGAACAACACGCUGCACUUCUGGCUGCUAGGCUACGAGUUCCCAGCGACUCUGAUAGUCUUCACUCAGGCCACCGUCUAUUUUGUCACCACCGAGAAGAAGGCCAAGCAUCUUAAGAAUUUGACGAAUGGCAAGAUUCCGGUCGAGAUCCUCACAGUCGAGGCAAAGAAACCCGAGACGAGGACUGAGGCUUUCAACAAGUGCUUGGAUGUCCUAAAAGGUGCUGGCAAGAAGGUGGGCACGGUCAGCAAGUACGAUGCCACUGGUCCAUUCGUCGACGAAUGGAACCGCAUGUUCAGCGAAACUGCAAAGGAGCUGGAGCAGGUAGACAUUUCCGGCGCGCUCUCAAUGGCUUUUGCGGUCAAGGAUGAGAACGAACUUCGAUCGGUUCGCAGCGCUGCCCUCGCCUCGAGUACGAUUCUACAAGACUACUGGGUCGAGGAGAUGUCCGAUGUACUGGACUCCGAGAAGCAAGUCAGCCACGCCAAGCUAGUUGAUGGCAUUUCUCGCAAGAUUGACGACGCGAAACUGUUCAAGAAGCUAUCAAAGACCGAUGACUUUGACGUCUCACAGCUCGACUGGGCAUAUGGACCAUUUGUACAAAGCGGCGGCGAGUACGAUGUCAAGCUAGCCACGCAGCCCACCGUCAACAACAGUAAUCUUCAUUCCGGCUGCAUCAUCACGGGCUUGGGCCUUCGCUACAAGACAUAUUGUGCCGCUGUCGCUCGGACCUUCCUGGUCGAUCCCUCGAAGUCGCAGACGGCGAACUACAAGAUUCUUCUAGCGGCUCACGAAGCUGCUCUGGACGCAGCGCGGAACAACGUGCCUGCCAAAGAUGUCUACAACAAGGCUCUCGGAGUGAUCAAGUCCAGAAAGCCAGAUCUGGAGAAGAACUUUGCCAAGAGCAUUGGUGCAGCAGUUGGCAUCGAGCUGAAAGACAACAACUUUAUCCUCAAUGGCAAGAACACACGCAUCCUUCGCGAUGGCAUGACUUUGACCAUCACCACGAGUCUAUCCGAUUUGACCAAUGAUAAGCCGCAGGACAAGAAGGGCACCAACUACAGCUUGUUACUCGUGGAUACUAUUCGAGUCACCUCGCGAGAGCCAGCAGUCUUUACAAAGUCUGCUUCGACGGAUAUUGACAGUGUCGAGUUCUACUUCAAGGACGAGGAAGAAGAACAGGUCAAGAAGCCGAAGAAGGAGGACAAGAAACCAGGCCGAAGCGCAGUCGCGACUUCUAACAUCAAGUCAUCAAGACUGCGCAAUGCAAAUCGUCAAGACAAUGCCAAAGAAGAGGAAGAAGCUCGUCGCAAGUCUCAUCAAAAGGAACUUGCGCAGAAGAAGCAGCGUGAGGGUCUUGAAAAGUACAAGGAAGAAGUUGGAGAUGUGAAUGGCGACAACGAGAAGAAGUUCAAAAAGUUCGAGUCCUACCGCCGUGAAGAGCAGAUGCCUUCUAAAAUCCGCGAUCUCGUUGUCUACGUUGACACCAAAGCAUCUACCGUCAUCUUGCCAAUUAUGGGUCGUCCUGUACCAUUCCAUAUCAACACCAUCAAGAGUGUCAGCAAGUCUGACGAGGGCGAAUACACACAGCUGCGCUUCAACUUCUUGUCUCCUGGUCAAGGCGUUGGUCGCAAAGACGAUCAGCCAUUCGAAGAUCCUUCGGCUCAUUUCGUUCGAUCGCUUACUGUGCGGUCGAAAGAUCAGGACCGACUGUCGGAUGUGGCCGCGCAGAUCACUGAGCUUCGGAAGUCUGCCAUUCGUCGCGAGCAGGAGAAGAAGGAAUUGGAGGAUGUCGUUGAGCAGGAGAAGUUGAUCGAGGUCAGAAACCGUCGUCCGAUCAAGCUUGGCAACGUCUAUAUCCGCCCUGCUCAGGAUGGCAAGCGUGUUCCUGGCGAACUUGAGAUUCAUCAGAAUGGGUUGCGCUACAUCUCACCGAUUCGGAACGAGAACGUUGAUGUGGUCUUCGCCAACGUGAAGCACCUGUUCUUCCAGCCGUGCACAGGAGAGCUCAUUGUUCUGAUCCAUAUUCGGCUCAAGAACCCCAUUAUGAUUGGUAAGCGCAAGACCACAGACGUUCAGUUCUAUCGCGAGGCUACAGACAUGGCCUUCGAUGAGACUGGCAAUAGGAAACGCAAGCACCGCUACGGCGACGACGAAGAGUUGGAGCAAGAGCAAGAGGAGCGUCGACAACGUGCUGAGCUCGAUCGGCUAUUCAAGGGCUUCGCUGAGAAGAUCUCGGAUGCUGGUCGAGAACAAGGUAUUUCCGUGGACAUUCCCUUCCGUGAUCUGAGCUUCAAUGGUGUGCCGAAUCGCAGCAACGUUCUUAUGGCUCCGGCGACCGACGCUCUUGUACAACUAACCGAGCCUCCAUUUACCGUCAUCACGCUUGACGAGCUUGAGGUCGCCCAUCUCGAGCGAAUUCAGUUUGGUCUCAAGAACUUCGACCUCGUCUUCGUGUACAAAGACUUCAGCCGCGCUCCUAUACACGUCAAUACCAUUCCUGUUGAGUCACUUGAUCGUGUUAAGGAGUGGCUCGACAGUGUCGAUAUUGCAUACACCGAAGGACCCCUCAACCUGAAUUGGGGCACCAUCAUGAAGACCGUCUCAACCGACCCACACAGCUUCUUCAAGGAAGGUGGCUGGUCUUUCUUGACUCAAGACUCGGAUGAUGAAGAUGCAGAAGAGUCUUCGGAGGAGAGUGCAUUCGAGAUGGAUGACUCGGAUCUGGCUGCGAGCGAGAGCGAGAGCGAAGACGGCUCGGACUUCGACGAUGCAAGCGCAAGUGAUGACGAGGGCGAGGAAGACGAUCUCAGUGACGAAGGAGAUGAUUGGGAUGACAUGGAAGACAAAGCGAAAAAGGCAGAUAGAAACGGUGGUCUCGACGAUGAAGAGCGCGGCAAGAAGCGCAAGCGCUAA